UGCUUUCUGCAACUAGAUUAUAGUCUUUGAGAUACAGCCUAAAUUUUGUUAGGUAAUUAACUGUGUUAGCAGGUGGCUGGUGAAUCUAGUGGAGAAAAUUUCUAAGGUUGUUAAAAUAGUGGUUGGAAUAUAGGUCUGCAUUCACGAGGAUAUUGGCUUGUCACAAGAUUUCCAUUACCUUAAAUGUGACAAUUUUUGGUUGGUUGCAUGACCUUGCUGGUAUAUUUGUACCUAUCGGGAUGGUCUUUUCCUUAGUAUUUGCGGUGAAAUGAAUCAAUCUGCAGCAGCUUGGGAUCGAGGAACAGCAGUUGCAGUUUCAAAGGAUAAGAAUGGGACUGACCAGGUGUUACUUCAAACCAAUAGAGGCGCAUCAGCACAGGUUAGUUUACAUGGAGGACAGGUUCUUUCCUGGAAGAAUGAACGGGGAGAAGAAUUAUUAUUCACUAGUAGCAAGGCAAUCUUCAAGCCACCAACUGCUGUAAGAGGAGGAAUACCAAUUUGUUUCCCUCAGUUUGGUAACCGUGGCGCCCUUGAGCAAAAUGGGUUUGCAAGGAACAAAAUUUGGGUCUUUGAUGAAAGCCCUCCUCCACUGCAGCCCAGCGACUCAAAUGGAAAGGCAUACGUCGACUUGCUAUUUAAACCAUCUGAAGAAGAUCUGAAGGCCUGGCCUCACAGUUUUGAAUUCCGUCUGAGAGUGUCUCUGGCUUAUGAUGGGGGUCUCUCCUUGAUAUCGCGCAUCAGAAAUAUCAAUAGCAAGCCAUUCAGUUUCUCAUUCUCAUAUCGCACAUACUUCUCCGUAUCUGAUAUCAGUGAAGUGAGAGUAGAGGGCGUGGAGACUCUGGACUAUCUUGACAAUCUAUGUAAUAAAGAGCGCUUCACAGAGCAAGGAGAUGCUCUAACAUUUGAAUCAGAGGUGGAUCGUGUUUAUCUUAGUUCUGGAAGUGUUAUAGCCGUUUUUGAUCAUGAGAAGAAACGAACAUUUGUGAUCAGAAAAGAGGGACUACCAGAUGUUGUGGUCUGGAACCCGUGGGAGAAAAAGGCGAAAGCCAUAGUAGAUCUAGGAGACGAAGAGUACAAGCAAAUGCUCUGCGUCGAUGGGGCAGCAGUUGAGAAGCCGAUAGCUCUGAGGCCAGGCGAGGAGUGGACAGGCCGGUUGGAGCUGUCUGUCAUGCCUUCAAUAUAAUAACUCCAGUGACAGCAGUUGAGAGGCCAAUGGCUCUGAGGCCAGGCGAGGAGUGGACAGGCCGGUUGGAGCUGUCUGUCAUGCCUUCAAUAUAGUAACUCCAGCGACUUCAGUCGCAAUAUAUAACCUCAUGGUCUCUAUCAAUAAUCAAUGACCAUGAUUAUAGAAGUUUAAGGUACAGGAAUAAGGAGAGGCACAGUGCAGUGCAGUCAGUGUUUCUUAUUGCAGUCAAUUGCAGAACUCCAUCUCAAAAAAAGUGUAGAGAAGGUAAAGCCAAAAAUUUAUCAGAGCCAGGCCGCUGCGCCACUCUUAUUCAUUGA